GGGGGCGGCUCUUUCCUGGGUGGGGUUUGUGGAGUCGUGGCCCGUUAGCAGGAAGCAGAGCAGUCGCUCCGACGCUUGCGAGACACCCAGUCCGACCCCCAGCUGCCAGAGUCCGAUCUCUGUGUAUUGCGUGCUCAGCGCCGCCGAACAGCUCCCAACCAAACUUCGCCAACUCGGUCGACUUUGCCACCACCAUGCCCAAGACGAUCAAUGUGCGUGUGACCACCAUGGAUGCAGAGCUGGAGUUUGCCAUCCAGCCCAACACCACCGGGAAACAGCUGUUUGACCAAGUGGUGAAGACUAUUGGCCUGAGGGAAGUCUGGUUCUUUGGUCUGCAAUACCAAGACACUAAGGGUUUCUCCACUUGGCUGAAACUCAAUAAGAAGGUGACUGCCCAGGAUGUACGUAAGGAAAGUCCCCUGCUCUUCAAGUUUCGGGCCAAGUUCUACCCAGAAGAUGUAUCUGAGGAAUUGAUCCAGGAUAUCACACAGCGCCUGUUCUUCCUGCAAGUGAAGGAGGGGAUUCUCAAUGAUGACAUUUACUGUCCACCUGAGACUGCUGUUCUGCUGGCCUCCUAUGCUGUCCAGUCCAAGUAUGGUGACUUCAAUAAGGAGGUGCACAAGUCUGGCUACUUGGCUGGGGACAAGUUACUUCCACAGAGGGUCCUGGAGCAGCACAAGCUCAACAAGGACCAGUGGGAGGAGCGGAUCCAGGUGUGGCAUGAAGAACACCGGGGCAUGCUCAGGGAGGAUGCAGUCCUAGAGUAUCUGAAGAUUGCCCAAGACCUGGAAAUGUAUGGUGUAAACUAUUUUAGCAUCAAGAACAAGAAAGGCUCAGAGCUGUGGCUGGGAGUGGAUGCCCUGGGUCUCAACAUCUAUGAGCAGAAUGACAGACUGACACCCAAGAUAGGCUUUCCCUGGAGUGAAAUCAGGAACAUCUCUUUCAAUGACAAGAAAUUUGUAAUCAAGCCCAUUGACAAAAAAGCCCCGGACUUUGUUUUCUAUGCUCCCCGGCUGCGAAUUAACAAACGGAUUUUGGCCCUUUGCAUGGGGAACCAUGAGCUAUACAUGCGUCGCCGCAAACCUGACACAAUUGAAGUGCAGCAGAUGAAGGCACAGGCCCGGGAGGAGAAACACCAGAAACAGAUGGAGCGUGCUCUGCUGGAAAAUGAGAAGAAGAAGCGUGAGUUGGCAGAAAAAGAGAAGGAGAAGAUUGAACGAGAGAAGGAGGAACUUAUGGAGAGGCUGAAGCAGAUUGAAGAACAGACUAAGAAGGCUCAACAAGAAUUGGAAGAACAGACCCGCAGGGCUCUGGAACUUGAGCAAGAGCGGAAGCGUGCCCAGAGUGAAGCCGAAAAACUGGCCAAGGAGCGUCAAGAAGCUGAAGAAGCCAAGGAGGCCCUAUUGCAGGCCUCUCAGGACCAGAAGAAGACCCAGGAACAGCUGGCCUUAGAAAUGGCGGAGCUGACAGCACGGAUCUCCCAGCUGGAGAUGGCCCGACAGAAGAAGGAAAGUGAGGCUGUGGAAUGGCAGCAGAAGGCACAGAUGGUACAAGAGGACUUGGAGAAGACUCGUGCAGAGCUGAAGACUGCAAUGAGUACACCACAUGUAGCAGAGCCUGCUGAGAAUGAGCAAGAUGAACAGGAUGAGAAUGGGGCAGAGGCCAGUGCUGACCUUCGUGCUGAUGCCAUGGCCAAGGAUCGCAGUGAGGAGGAACGUACAACUGAGGCAGAGAAGAAUGAACGUGUACAGAAGCACCUCAAGGCCCUUACUUCAGAACUGGCCAAUGCCCGUGAUGAGUCAAAGAAGACUGCCAAUGACAUGAUCCAUGCUGAGAACAUGCGUCUGGGCCGAGACAAAUAUAAGACCCUGCGCCAGAUUCGGCAGGGCAACACCAAACAGCGCAUUGAUGAGUUUGAGUCCAUGUAAUAGACACCCAGCCUGUAGGGACCCUCUCUUCCCAUCUUCCUUGCCUCCUACUCUCACCUAACUCACACUGUGCUGGAGCCACUAACUGGAGCAGCCCUGGAGUCAUACCAAGCAUUCAUUGCAGUCAUGGGACCAAGCCUAGCCCCUUAAACCUUCCUAAUUACCCCCGAAGACUGGCCCACUGUGGUGUUAGGGGGACCCUCUUCUGUUUAUAUUUUAGCUAGUUAGAAGAGUCCACUUGCACAGCUUAAAGGGACUUCCCCUUUAAUUUGGGAAACAUCCCCACAUUUGUUCUAUGGGAGUCAAGUAUGAAGUUAACCCUCACUGCUGCUCUGCCAUUCCCUUCCUUUUCAGAAUAUGUUAGUUUGGAGUUGGAUCAUCACAGGGCUUAAGAAAGGAGGCAGGGUCUUGGCUGUAUGCUAUAGGAUAUCCAGCCGACCAAGGAUUAGGUGUCCUAAUGUCUAUCCUUUUUAGAGUUAUUUAGUCUUUGAAAUAAUUGGAAUCUAAAAAGAUGUUAUGUCAUUCUUUCUACCUCCCACAUUGGGCCUAUUACAAAUGCAAUCCCAAUAAGCCUUAUUUCUGAGUUCAGAGAUUCAGUUUCUCCCCAGGGGGAGAUGGUAGAGAUUGUGCCAUACAAGGCUUAAUCAAUGUCCUAGAAGGCUAUCGGGACUUCUGUUUAGGCAAGGCUCUAUUGAAGAUCUUGCUCUAAUGAACCUAGUCCUGUUUCAAGCUCUAUGAGUAGAGGUAUCCCUUACUUAUUCUGGGGUUCUCCUUAUCUUUUUGUGAUCUGCCCCUUCUCAUUCUAGCCACUGAAUUCCAUCUAACUAGAACAGUAGGGAUGUUUACCCCAAAACUGAACCAGACCCACCAAGGACUCUUGCCGCAGGAGGGAAACCUUUAUACAUGAUUACAGUAUUUUUUCUGCUAAGAGGUCCCUGUCUACUGUCGCAUUAGGGCUACUUGUGUCACAGGUCCUGUUUUAAGAUCAUCCAGGACUUGAAAUGGUGAGCCCUGAAACUCGAUGCCAGUUGUUUUAAUUGGGGAGUGGGUAGAAGAAGCUGAGCAUGGUGAGAGAAGCCCAUGGCUUGCUCCCAGUUUACAACUCCCUCAGGUGCCUAAUAACCCCUUCAUGUCACCCCUCCCCAAACUGGUGACUGGACCCUGCUUUUUGUUGACAAACCUAAUCUAACCUAGGUCUUGCCAUCAGCUGUGCUAUUCCCUAGAACUGGACACCAGAGAGCUGUUGGGGACGUUAGCCUGGUUCCUUCCACACCCCACCUCUUGCUUUCAAACCAGGAGCAGUUUCCUUUCUAUCUCAUGUGUGCUUUUUUUCUUCCUACCAGUAUUAUAUAUUCUAGAGGCAUCUAAUUCAACAUUGAUUUUUGCAUUUCUUGCUAAUGUACCUUUAGAAGUUAUUAGUCUUGGAACAGAAUCAUUUCGCCUUCAUUCCCUACCACUCACACACUUGGGAAGCUUAUAUUAUAAAAUAAUAUUUUGCCAGAAACAUUAAUAUAAGAAGCUUUCAGUAUUCCUGAUGUCAGCUGUCACCAUAGGUCAUAGCAAUUCAUCCUUAAAGUACUUGGUUUAUGGUAUUGUUUCUGUUUUGCCUUCUCCCUAGAGUUCAUUCAGUCUCCUGAGGGCUAUAUUGUCCUUCUGUGUAGUACCACCAGUCCAGAACAAACUGAGUUUGAUUCCUCCUGUAUUCCCACCCUGCUGGACCUUGGGAAAUAUUUUGUGCAUUGCUGUGAAUUAUAUUGACACUCUUGGUAAUGUGCCCUAUAUUGGCUAAAGUCAAACCUGGAAUUGUGGGGCAAUCAUACUACUUUAGAGGCAGUAAUCCAAACUGAGGGAGGCUGGGGAGAAAGGUUAGAUUUUAUAUUCAGGGUUUUUUUUUUUUUUUGUGUGUGUGUGUGUGUGUGUUGUUUUUUUGGGGGGGGGGUUUAAAAGUUGUUUUUGGAGUAGUUUAUGCUCUACCCAUGUUCUAUUUCAUUGCCAAUAAAAUUUAGGAAGACUUCACUUUGACUUGA